AUGUCGGCCAACGACUACGAAAAGCAGCAGUAUGUCGCUGGCGAGAGUCCGUCUGACCAUGCUGUGGGCGAUGUCCACGACAUUAAGGACCACGCCCUCAAUGAGGCUGCUGGUGUCUAUGGUUCCGCUCAGAAAGCCGAGGACUAUGGCUACGUCCAGAGAGGUCUCAAGUCGCGCCACAUCCAGUUCAUCGCACUCGGAGGUACCAUCGGUACUGGUCUGUUCCUCGGUAUUGCCAGUGCUUUCGCCAAUGCCGGCCCCGUCUCUGUCCUCCUUGGUUAUACCAUCACGGGUGUCGCCGUCUUCGGCAUGAUGCAGUGUCUUGGAGAGAUGGCCACAUGGCUCCCGCUUCCCGGUGCUAUCCCGCAGUACGCUGCUCGCUAUGCGGACCCCGCUCUUGGUUUUGCCGUCGGUUGGAACAACUGGUACAACAGCUCCAUUACACUCUGCGCCGAGAUCUCUGCUGCCGCUCUCUUGAUCAACUUCUGGGAUCAGGAAGAGAAGUACAAUCCUGCGAUAUGGAUCUCCAUCAUCAUCGUCAUCAUCGUCUUUCUGAACAUCUUCGCCGUCUCGAUUUACGGAGAAGCCGAGUUCAUCUUUGCAUCCAUCAAGAUCAUAACAAUCAUUGGACUGCUUCUUGCCGGUCUAGUCAUUAUGCUCGGUGGAGGUCCUGACCAUGACAGGCGAGGAUUCCGUUAUUGGAAGGAAGGUGCGAUGAAGGAGUACGUGGGCACUGGGAAUACGGGUCGCUUCACGGGUCUCUGGUCUACACUUGUCAACGCAGCGUUCUCGUACGGUGGUGUUGAGAUGGUUGCAGUCGCUGCCGGUGAAGCCGCCGACCCCCGCAGGAACAUCCCCAAAGCUGUUCGCCGUGUCUUCUGGCGUAUUCUGUUCUUCUACGUUCUGGGAUCGUUCAUCAUCGGUACCUGUAUCAGCUCAAACGACCCUCAGCUCACCGACGAGAACGCCAAGGGUGCUCAGUCAUCUCCCUGGGUCAUCGCCAUGAAGAACGCAGGAAUUCCCGUCCUCCCCCACAUCGUCAACGCUGUCAUCUUGACAUCCGCAACCUCAUCUGGCAACGCUUUCCUGUACACCGGAUCGCGCUAUCUCUUCAGUAUCGCACAGAACGGCCAAGCCCCACAGUUCCUCCUCAGGUGCAACAAGAAGGGUGUCCCGGUCUACGCUGUUGCAGUCACAGCCUCAAUCUCGCUACUCACAUACAUGAGUGUCAGCGCUGGUGCCAACAAGGUAUUCGGAUGGUUCCAGAACUUGACCACCAUCGCGUCGCUCUUUACUUGGUGCACCAUCACCUACACAUACACCCGGUUCCGUGCGGCAUGCAUCGCCCAGAACGUCGACCGCAGCACCAUGGUCUUCGCUAGCAAGUGGCAGCCAUACGUUGCGUGGACUGCCUUCGCUUACUUCGCCCUCAUUAUCCUCUUCAAUGGCUUCAAGGUCUUCACAACCACUCCUUGGGGACCCGAUGAGCUGACCAGCUUCUUCACUGCCUACAUCGGCGUUGCGAUCUUCGGUCUCCUCUAUGCUUUCUGGAAGAUCUUCAAGCGGACCAAGAUGGUCAACCCGGCCGAGGCAGAUAUCUGGAGCGGCAAGGCGGCGCUUGAUGCGGAGGUCUGGCCUGAGCAGAUCCCGCGCAAUGCGCUUGAGAAGUUCUGGUUCUGGCUUUGCUAG